AUGUCGAAGCUUCACAAGUCAAUCCACAAGGGAACUCCCUUUUCAGGGAAUGCCUCUGACAUAUCUGACGAAUUCCAUUCGACUCUCUCUGCAAAAUUGAGUAGUUUGAGUAUUCAAGGCAAUGCCCAUUCCGCCUCUUCCUCUACCCCCGGAAGUGCAGAAAGCAGGGCUGGCUCUUUGCGCUCUCCUCUUUCUCGACAGGAGUCCCGGCAAAAUUCAAUGCUUUCAUUGUUAGUCGAUCCCGAGGCAGACGAGAGCAUUUCCCACGACCAAAGUGACGGCGUUUCCACAGGGAGUGGCGCAGACGAUAACCAAAACAAUAGCAGAAACGGAUCAACAAGAGGUAGUGCUUCACGUACACGGAUGAAGAUAUACACUGUCCCGGAUUUGAUCCACGUGUUGGGAAUGUCAGCCAGAGAGUCUACGAGGUCUGGGAUAGGGAAAAACGAAAGAGAAAUUCUAUUUGCCCACCUCUACAGGAUGGUCAUCUCGUCCAACUCAGAGGUCUAUAUGGGCGAGGCUGGUGCAAACGAUGAAGACUUUAUCAAUUUAUUCAACUUGAAAAACUCGAUAGAUAACACUGGGUCUGACGAUGAAGGAAACAUUGGCUUCGAAUGGGACGCAUGGAUAAGAUGUGUCGAUGCCUACGGCUGCAUAGGAGUCGAUGAGGUUGCCAGUGAUGUAGUUGAACUUGUCUUCCCAUUGCUAUUGAAGACCAUCUGCCAGUUGGAAAGCGCCAAAAAUGGAGAUGACAUCGAUUUGACGACCAAGCGACGGAUAGACUUGUGCAUUUGGUCAUUCAUGAGCUUGGUCUUGUUCAUUUUUUACGAUUCGGGAAACCACGGAAUGUUAGAGCAUGCCAAACUGUUUCUAAGGUUUAUACAGAAAGAUACCUUAGAGGACGAUGGUAUCAUUUCUAGCUGUUUAUACAUGGUUGGGUUGGCCCUCGGGUUGGCAUGGGAAUCGGGGAGAGGUGUUAAAGAGCUUAUUGAGGACGAAGUGCUUGAAACCAUAAGGAUGAUUUUGUGCAGUAAGAAACGGAAGGGUUCGAAAUUAACCGCCGCUGUGCUCGCUGGUUUGUGCUUUGAGCUUUUACAAAAAGACAUUGACGAAGAGACCGAAGCAGCAGACAGCGACGAAGAAGAUACGAGCGAUUUCUCGAACGAAGAGUUCACAGAGAUAGCCAAAGAGCUCGAUCUACUUGCCAACGAGGGCGGGAAAAAGUCUGGCAAGAAGGGCAAGGUUGCCAAGAACGUUUUCCGAGAGGUUUUGAACACAAUCAACCGAACGCCGGACAAUGAGGAACUUGAUGCCAUUGCUGUGAGUAAGUCCAAGAACAUCGAUGUGCGCACAUGGUUGACCUACAUCCGCGUGCAAGUGCUUCGCUUUGUGCUUGGCAGUGAACUGAGCACCUGGCUUGCCAAGUCCAGAGACAUGCGCAAUAUGUUGAAAAAGAAAAGGAAGGACGGCAAAUUUUCCUCGAGUGGCGGUGAUGAGUAUGAUCACAACGAUGAUGAUGAAGUAGUGGACACCACCAUUGGCGGCUCUGCCGGUUCGAGAGAUCGCAAGGCUAACAAGGAUCUUGAAAAGGAACGGACGAAGCAGCUCAACAAGGAGAGACGUGCGAAGGAGGAAGAGUUGAGCAAAUGA